UCACAAAAAUGUUUAAGCUAAGCGAUGAUGUAAUUCGCAUGCUGGUGGUGUCCAAAUUAAAGGACCAUGCUCAAAUUUGGUUGCACUCUUCGGAACGUUUGCUGACUCUGCCGGUUCAUGAACUUCUGUUUCAACUUGGAGAAGCUUUCCACGGCACGGAGAGCAAAAUAAGAACUCGACGAAAGUUUCAAGAGCGCAAAUGGAAACAGUCAGAAGAUUUUUCUACAUACUUCAAAGAAAAAACGUUGUUGGCUACACAGAUUCGGAUAGACGAUGAGGAACUAAUCGAUAACAUCAUUGAAGGGAUCCCCGACUCCCUUCUGAGACAACAGGCACACAUGCACUGUUUUAACUCGUCUGCGCAGAUGUUGCAGGCAUUUGCCAAGUUCUCGCUAAGUAAACCGCUACUUUCUUCAGCUGGACAUGCCAAAAUUUCGUUCGAGAAGGGAUCUGGUUCAGCUCCUCCAAAAAGGUGCUUCAAUUGCAAUGCUAUUGGGCAUUUCGCUGCUGACUGCCGCAAGCCCAAGCGCGAGUAUGGAGCCUGCUACGCAUGUGGCAGUAAGGAUCAUCUGGUGUACAACUGCACCGAGAGGACGUUCGUAUCCGCCAAUGAAUAUAAUGCCUAAUCGAUUCUGG